CAGGAACUAAGUAUGGCUGUGGAGGAGGUGGCUGUGGUGCCUGCACAGUGAUGAUAUCAACUUAUGAGCCAGCUUCAAAGAAGAUACGCUCUGUAUGCUGCACGUGAUGCCAUAUGACAUGGAAUAUGACUUUGGUCAUUUUGGGUCAGCUGUCCCAGCUGUGUCCCCUUCCAGUUUCUUGUGUCCCUCAGCCUCCUCAUUGGUGGGGUGGGGUUAGAGGCAGAAAAGACCUUGACUCCGUGUAAGCCCUGCUCUGCAGUAACUAAACAUCCCCGUGUUAGCAGCACAACACAGCCUUGCACUGGCUACUGUGAAGAAAGUUAACUCUAUCCCAGCCAAAAGCAGCAUACUGGCAUAUGAUUGGUGGGAAGGUAGGGCAGGCAGAAGUGUGAGUCUUACCAACCUUUUAAAACUCAACUCCACCCAUUACACCCCACCCACAAAAAGGAAGACUUUGAAACUCAAAACCAAAGUUUCAUUAAACUAAAAACUGGAAUAAAUUGCUCUUAAGUUGAGGAAACUCUAAUCAAAUUCUUAAAUGGUUACAUGUCAUUGUGCAUUGAAGUGUUUAAAUGGGGAAAAAAGCAUUCCAGUUGUCCUUUUGUACAGUUACAUUACAUUGGAAUGCAACACAAAUGAAAAUGUUUAAAGUUAAUGGAAGAGCUAAACUUAAAGCAGACUCCUGAAAAGAAACAUUUCAAUUAUGUUAAAAAACCAAAUAAUUUUAUUAAAGUUAUUAAAUGCUUUGAAGAGUCUUCAUUUUGGUGUGUUGUUCCUAUUUAGUGUGAUAUUUAUUUUACAUCGGCUUUGGAUCAGAAUUUUAAUUAUAAAUUUGCCACAGUAAUUCUUCCUUCCAGUGCCUACACCAGUCUUCCCUUCCCUAUCUUCCUUCUCCAAAAUACAGUUGACAGAUUGCUUGUGGGCAAGAGAGACAAGAGGGCAAUUAGAAAAGACUGAGAUAUUAAGGAAGAUAAAAAUUCCAUGGAAUUAUCUUUAUUAGGUACAUUUUUAUCCAGAGGACAAGAGACGUAGCUAGAAAAUGAUCCCUUCUCAUUCCAAAUGUUAAUAGUGGCUGCUUUACACUAUUCAGCCAAUGCAUGUUUGCUUCCCAUUUGUUCCUUGUACGGUGCAGCAGUGACUACAGUGGAAGGUGUUGGAAGUACAAAAACCAGGAUUCAUCCAGUUCAGGAAAGACUUGCCAAGUGCCAUGGCUCCCAGUGUGGUUUCUGCACACCUGGAAUGGUGAUGUCCAUAUACACUUUGCUAAGAAACCACCCAGAACCAACUUCGGAGCAGAUGAUUGCAGCUCUGGCUGGGAACUUGUGCCGCUGUACUGGAUACAGGCCAAUCCUAGAUGCCUGUAAAACUUUCUGUAAGGAAUCUAUUUGUUGUCAAAGGAAAGCAAAUGGAAAAUGUUGCUUGGAUCAGGAAGAUGACUUGUUUGACAAUAAAGAGAAGGUCUCCACCAGCCUGUUUUCAACAGAUGAAUUCCAGCCCUUAGAUCCCACCCAGGAGCUUAUAUUCCCUCCAGAACUAAUGAGAAUGGCAGAAAAUCAACCAAAAAGAACUCUGGUUUUUCAUGGGGAGCGAGUAACGUGGAUUUCUCCUGUAAGCUUGGAUGAACUGCUGGAUCUGAAAGCCGCCCACCCUAAAGCACCUCUUGUGGUUGGGAACACCGGUGUGGGACCUGACAUGAAAUUCAGAGGUGUGUUCCAUCCAGUUCUUAUUGCUCCUGCAAGGAUCCCAGAUCUGAAUGUGUUGAAAUACACAAAUGAUGGAUUAACUCUGGGAGCUGCCUGCAGCCUCUCUCUAGUGAAAGACAUCUUGACAAAUGCAAUUGCCGAGUUCCCUGAAGAAAAGACAAGGGUUUUCUGUGCAGUCUUGCAGCAAUUGAGAACUCUGGGCGGAGAACAGAUAAGAAAUGUUGCUUCGUUUGGUGGAAACAUCAUAAGUAGAAAAUCGACAUCAGACUUGAAUCCUGUUUUGGCAGCCAGCAACUGUAUGCUCAAUCUUGCUUCAAGAGGACAAAAGAGACAGAUUCCUAUGAGUGAUAUUUUUGCAGAUGGAGUUGGUAACAAUACCAUUACACCAGAAGAGGUCUUAGUCUCUAUCCAUAUUCCUUAUUCUAGAAAGGGGGAGUAUGUCGCUGCAUUUCGACAAGCACCAAGACGGGAAAAUGCUCUUCCAAUAACCAAUGCUGGGAUGAGAGUCCUUUUUGAAGAGGGAACAGACAUUAUAAAGGAUCUAAGUAUUUUCUAUGGAGGUGCUGUCUUGACAACAGUCUGUGCAAAACAAACCUGUCAGACACUUAGUGGAAGACACUGGAAUGAACAAAUGUUGGAUGAAGCAUGCAGACUAGUUCUUAAAGAAAUUGCUCUUCCAGGCUCAGCUGAUGGUGAAAAUAUAGACUAUAAGAAAACUUUGAUGGUCAGUUUCUUCUACAGAUUUUUCCUGGAAGUAUCACAAUCGUUGAAGACAAUGGAUCCUUGCCAUUUUCCUGGCAUACCUAUGGAAUAUGGGAGUAUCCUACAAGAUUUCAAAACCAGAAUGCCCCAGAGUAUCCAAAUAUACCAGGACGUAGGGCCGAGCCAGUCUCCCCAGGACCCUGUAGGACGGCCCAUUAUGCACCAGUCAGGGAUAAAGCAUGCCACUGGUGAAGCAGUCUACAUUGAUGACCUUCCUUCUGUGGAUGGGGAGCUUUUCCUGGCUGCUGUCACUAGUUCCAGAGCUCACGCUAAGAUUGUAUCUAUUGAUACCUCAGAGGCCCUAAAAGGAGCAGGUGUGUUUGAUGUCAUAACAGUUCGUGAUGUGCCAGCUGCAAAUGAAUUUUAUUUUUCUGAUGAUCCAGAGAUUAUAUUUGCAAGAAACGAGGUGAUUUGUGUGGGUCAGAUUGUCUGUGCUGUGGUUGCAGAUUCAGAUGUUCAUGCCAAACAAGCAGCUGCAAAAGUGAAGAUAGAGUAUGAAAUGCUGGAACCAGUAAUUUUAACAAUUGAGGAAGCUAUAAAACACAACUCGUUCUUUGAGCCAAAAAGAAAAUUAGAACAAGGAAAUGUUGAUGAGGCAUUUGAAACUGUAGAUAAUAUAAUUGAAGGGGAGAUUUGCAUUGGGGGACAGAAACACUUUUACAUGGAGACUCAGAGUGUGCUUGUUGUUCCAAAAGGAGAGGAUGAAGAAAUGGAUUUGUAUGUGUCAACACAGCAUCCAGCAAUUAUUCAGGAGAUGGUAGCUGCGAGUUUAGGUGUUCCAGCCAACAGGAUCAUGUGCCAUGUUAAACGAGUUGGUGGAGCUUUUGGUGGGAAAAUCCUGAGAACUGGCUUGCUGGCAUCAAUUGCUGCUGUGGCAGCAAACAAAACCAGCAGAGCAGUCCGUCUUAUUCUGAGCCGAGAGGAUGAUAUAGUAAUCACUGGUGGCCGACAUCCUUUCAUUGCUAAAUAUAAAGUUGGCUUCAUGAAUGAUGGUAGAAUCACAGCUGUGGAUGCCAAAUAUUAUGUUAAUGGAGGAUGUACCCCUGAUGAAUCUGUCCUGGUAGCAGAAGUAUCCUUAUUAAAAAUGGACAAUGCAUACAAGAUUCCCAACUUGAGAUGCUGGGCUUAUGUCUGCAAAACAAACUUGCCAUCAAAUACGGCCUUCCGAGGCUUUGGCUUUCCUCAAUCAGGACUGGUGGCAGAAACUUGGAUAACAGAUGUUGCAGAUAAAACUGGUUUAUCACCAGAAAAGAUUAGGGAAAUAAAUAUGUAUAAGAAGAACGAGCAGACACAUUUCAAACAAGAACUUGAUCCACAGAAUUUAAUACGAUGUUGGAACGAAUGUAUUGAGAAAUCUGCAUACUACAGUAGGAGAACAGCUAUCAAUGAAUUUAACAAACAAAAUUACUGGAAGAAAAGAGGGAUUGCCAUUGUACCAAUGAAAUUUCCAUUUGGAGUAAGCACACCUUACCUUUCUCAGGCUGCUGCACUGGUUCAUAUUUAUACUGAUGGGUCUGUCCUUCUGACACAUGGUGGAAUUGAAAUGGGGCAGGGUAUUCAUACAAAAAUGAUCCAGGUUGCUAGUCGGGAAUUGAACAUCCCCAUGUCAUGUAUUCACUUCUGUGAAACUAGCACAACAACCGUUCCCAAUGCAUGUGCCUCAGUAGGAUCUGCAGGGACAGAUGUCAAUGGCAUGGCUGUGAAGGAUGCUUGCCAAACUCUUCUGAAACGCCUGCAGCCCAUCAUCAAGAAGAACCCAACAGGGACCUGGAAUGAUUGGAUUAAAGAAGCUUUUAAACAGAGUGUGAGCCUUUCAGCUACUGGCUAUUUUAGAGGUUACAAUGAAUACAUGGACUGGGAGAAAGGGGAAGGACAUCCAUUCACAUAUUUUAUUUUUGGAGCUGCUUGUUCAGAGGUUGAAAUUAACUGUCUAACAGGAGAUCACAAGAACCUCAGAACAGACAUUAUUAUGGACAUUGGAUGCAGCAUAAAUCCAGCUGUGGAUAUAGGACAGAUUGAAGGUGCUUUUGUUCAAGGCAUUGGACUGUACACAAUGGAGGAGUUAAAGUAUUCUUCAGAAGGAGUCCUCUAUACGCGAGGUCCAGAUCAGUAUAAGAUUCCUGCUGUUUGUGAUAUUCCAGAACAGUUCAGUGUUUCCCUGCUGUCAUCUUCUCAAAAUCCUUAUGCCAUCUAUGCAUCCAAGGGGAUAGGUGAGGCAGGAUUUUUCUUGGGAUGCUCUGUGUUCUUUGCUUUGAGAGAUGCAGUAACCAGUGUGAGGAAUGAAAGAGGACUGAAAAAGACCUUUGCACUGAACAGCCCCCUGACUGCUGAGCAAAUACGAGCAAACUGUGCUGAUGCCUUUACUGAGAUGAUUGCAAACAAUGAAGUGCUUCCUCCUCGGGCCACAUCCGUGUGAAUGACAAACUGUAGUGCACAUGACUGGAAUGGAAAACUGAUUUACUGCACCAAUCAACACACAAACAACUGUAUUUUCUCUUUUUCUGAAUAGAAUCAGCUUCUAAACAUAUGAAUUUUAUAUCUUGCGUCUUUAUCUUCAUUCUUCCUCCAGUGUACUCAUUACAGUAUUUUGCUUAAAUGACUGCAUUUAAUUGUUAGAAAUAAAUCUUCUGCAUUUGAACCAUAUCUUUUUAACAUGGUAGAUCUGCUGAUCAGCACAAUUCGAAUGCUGCAGGAGAGGAAAGUUAGAAUGAAGUGUAAAGGUAUGCUAGAUAACUUACUGCCUCAUAUUACACUAAACAACUUAAUAUGAUAAAUGAUUUUGUAAUGGCUUCAGCUUAUUUUCUAAUUCAGAUUUGUGUCUUGCAGUGAAGUGUGAGUGCAGAGAUAUGUGUCAAAGAAUCAGAGCUUUGUUUGUUGGAUUCGGAACCUUUUUGACUAGAAGUGGUGCUUUCACUUGUAGUAAAGCUGGUUUAGAAUCUUUUGGCACAGGUAUCUUUGUGUUAAAAAUAUGUAAGAAACAAGAGUUAUGAUUCUCUUUUGCUAUGCCAGGUAAGUUGCCAUGGCUGGCCUAGAUACGUAAAAUCUUAUCCCAAAAGUUGACACAGUUGUAAUUUCCACCAGAAGUUUUCUUUAUCUCAUGGAGCAAGCCAAAAGCAUCUGAACACAAUGGGAAAAUUGACAUGGAGUUCAGUGUGCUUUGAAUGGGGGAAUGGAUGACAUGUCAGCCUGCAGGCUCUUAUUAUUUCACCACCUCUCAAUGUUCCACAGUUUCUCUUCUCUUUCCUUCAUUUGUUGAGCUGACAGUGUAUCUGCAACAGAAAUCAGGUCAGUUGCUUAAAUAGCUUUAGCAUUGGCUAUUAAGAUAUGAAGUCUUUAUGGUUUCAGUUUGUUUCUCUGUAACCAUGAUGAGUCAGUGAAAUGCAGUUGCUCAAACAUGGCUGUCCAGACCAUUUUAGAUGUCAUAAGACCGUAGACAUGGCACAGGAGAGCACAGGACUGGAAGAUAUAGAGCAGCUUGAGACCAGGCAGGUGAUAGUAAUUGUAAUCAUUGGAAGUGACAACUUAUACUUCUCAGCUACUUCACAGUAUCUUUAGCUUCCUGUUACGUAUAAAAAAGUGUGUUUUUUACCAGGCAGUGUAAUGAUCAGAUCUGAAUGAAGGUUGUAGACUGGUGAUGGAGGAAAUUUUUCUCCCUCCACCAGGUCUGGGUAGAAGAGUAGAAUAUAGAAUAACUCUGCUUGUCAGCUUUCAUUUCAGAUUCUAUCUGGAGCUGUUAUAAUGAGAAUUUUACCCUUCUAACUUUUCAUUCUUAAGCCUCUACUAAUUGUAACAUGAAGCUGCUGAAACAUUUGACACUGUGGGCAGUCUUUUAUAUUUUUAUAGAUUUCCCGGGAGUUCAGGGUGCAGAUGCACUCCUUGCCCUCAAGGUGUUGUGCAGAUCAGGCUGUCCUGAACAGGACAAACAGGGACAUAGCUUUCUGAGAUGCAAGAGCUCAGCAGAAUUUAGUUAAACUGUCCAGUGAGCCUCAGGACAAAUAAAUGAAAUGACCUACUGUGUCACCUCUGUGAUUGUUCAAGUCUGAAAGAUCUAUUUGUAAAGCUACAGUAUGAAAAGGAGAGGUGAUUGGCAUGUGAAAGUUUGUUCAUGGGAAGACUUCAAUUAAAAAUUUCCGAAUUUCAUCGUGAAUUUUCACCUUUUGUUUAGUUGCAAAAUUUUAAAACUUCUAAAAUCAAAGUUUUGCUGAUUCUUAGCAGUUUGCCACUAAAACUUUCAGCAUCAUCCAAUAAUUUGUUUUUUGUCCUGUAAGAGAUUAAAAAUAUGUUUUAUACCAUACUCUUUACUCAGUAAAAGCCCAACCAAAAUGUAAAUGUUGGAAGAUUUUCAUGGUCCCUGAUAAUAGUCUGUUUCAAAUUAAUGUGAAUUAUCAGCAGUUCAACAACAAAGAGCACCAAAGAUGUAUUUUAAUUAAGUAGGUCUGAAAUGCUUUCAAUUACAGGCUGACUUUGAAAUAAUAAGAGUUUGAUGAUGAGAAUUUAAAUAGCAAAAAAAUGGAUUAAACGAUUUUUCAGUCUAGUCAACACUAGCCAGAAUAGUAAUUUACCUGUCUCUUUAGCAAGAUAGGAAAGAAGGAAUUAGAAUGAUUCCCAACUGUAUUCCUGACUUCAGAUGCAUUUUCUCUGAAGUAAACAGUAUGAAAGACGAUUGUUUGAAGCAGUGGUGAUGCUGAAGUCUGCAAAGGUGUGGCUUGCUUCACUUUUUUGGGCUCAUCCACCUCAAUUCUGUCAGUCUUCUCCAUAUAGAUUCUGACCUCUGAUGUUUUUCUGCUCUGCUUUUUACUAUUUCCAACUGUUCCAAAUCAAAUGUCAUGACGCCCUUUA